CAGCUUUAAUUAUUAUUAUUAUUGUUCUGACAUUUGAUUAUUCUAGUUAACUCUUACUCGUUCAUUAGGAAUCCAUGUGGCUCAGGGUGUAUCAUGCUGGCCAAUGUAUACAUGUACCCCACAAUCACAAACUCUCCAAUCUGAUCAUUAGACAUAGGUUAUGACUAACUAUUUAAGGAGAUGAUACAGAGUGAUGAAGCCAAUCAGCAGAUAUGGGGAUUGUUAGGAGGCCAUGAUGGUCAGAGGCCAAUAGUUGAAUUUUUGAAAGACAUCCUGGGAUUUUUAAUGACCACAGAGAGUCAGGACCUCGGUUUAACGUCCAAUCCAAAGGACGGUGCUUGUUGUCAGUAUAGUGUCCCCAUCACUACAUUGGGGUCCUAGGAUCCACACAACCUAGGUUUCCAAGGAGGUCUCCCAUCCAGGUACUGACCAGGCUCAGCCCUGCUUAGCUUCAGUGGGAAACCGGUCUUGGGCUCCAGGAUGAUAUGGCUACACACAUGUGAGUCACAUUAAGUUUGUGAGGAAGGAGGUUUUCUGCAUCUCCACUCUAGACUGUGGGGUGUCUCGAAGAUGCCUGUGUAUGUUUGUAUUUUCUGUUUCUCAGGAGAUCAAUGUAUCUGAGUUUCUUUUAUCCUUACACGUCUCCUACUGCAUUUAGCAGUUUCAUUUUUAAGUGAUAAAUUAGCUACAAAAGAAGAAAAUGGAAGCAAUCAAAAUCAACAAAAGAGCAAUGAAAGAGCAAUGAAUAUACUCUCAGUUCGCCUAACGCAGUACACGAAGCAAGGUUGUUUUUAAAUUAAUAAAUAAAAAGAAAACAAAUAGAAUACAAAAGAAUAGAGAAACUAGUGUUUUUUUUAAAUAAUAGAAUUAGAGUAGAAUAGAAUUACAAUAGAGAGUUCUAGAGGUAGAGGGUCAUGUAAGAGUAACCAGGAUGCUGAUGGGGGUUUAUUUUACUAUAGGUCUACUGAUCAGAUGACUGUACUAUCCCUUCUUCCACUCCUGGGCAAACUCGGCUUGACAUUUCAUGUAAAUCAAACCUGCUGCUGAUGUCUCACUGAGCUGGCACCCAUGUGUCAAAGGCUAAAAGGAGCACAUUACCCCAACAUUUCCCAGUAGUCUAAGCUUUCCAUCUGUUAAACAGUUCAUAACCGAGGUGUCAAAAUAGUGAAAUCUUCUAAAUGAACACUGUGACCUUUAAACUGUUUAAAUAACUUGAGGAAAACCUCUUUUCUUUUCUAACGGCUAUUCAUGAAAAAUUAUUUAUUGAUAAAUGAGCAAAUACCACGUUUGAUAAAUGUAUUUAAAUGUAUGCUCACGUGAAAGAUAGACUCCAGUCAUAUAAAAGCUGUUUUAUAUUAUAUGGAAAAAAAGAGCAACCAUUUUGAGAUCUGGUGAUAAACACAAACACACCACUAGGUGUCCCUAUAAACCACAGACUGCCAAAUCAGCCACAUUUAUAUUUAUAGAUCAACUCUCUUUUUUAAUUACACAUACCUUCUCAAAACGCACCCUUAUGGGCAAAUAAAGUACAGAGGUGUACCUUUUGAAGUGUACUGCCUCAGAACAGCUUUUGUAAACAAAUAAAAAAAUAAAAAUAAAAUUGAAAGUGUAUUCUAAAAAAAAAAAAAAUCCCUGGGUGCUGGAUAUGGUAAUAACUGUUCAAAUAUGUAACACUAGCUUGAAUGCAAUGUAAGUUGCUUUGGAUAAAAGGGUCUGCCACAUGCAUGAAUGUAAAUGUAAUAGUAUCUGGCUCUCAUGAAAUGUUAAUUGCUGUUUAAUAUUCUUCUCUUGUCCCCAGAUCUAUUCAUUGAGCGGUUCUGCAUGACAGGAGGAAGCAGCCCUAUUGGGUACCUGAAAGCAUGGCAUACGAACUUGUAUUUGUCUGCUGAUGCUGAAAAGGUUCGGGAAGCCCUCUCUGAAGGAAUUGCAGCUGCCACUAUGUUUAUGUCAGAAAAACAAAUCGAGGUGUCUGAGACCCAGCUGAGAGUGGCAUUUGACGGCGACGCUGUUCUUUUCUCUGAUGAGUCUGAGCGUAUCUUUAAAGCCCACGGCCUGGACAAGUUCUUCGAGCAUGAGAGGGAAAAUGAAAACAGAUUGCUAGACCAUGGACCACUGAAGGGUUUCCUGGAAGUGCUCGGGAAGCUUCAGAAGAAAUUCUAUGCUAAAGGCCACCGUCUGGACUGUCCCAUCCGCACCUACCUUGUGACGGCUCGCAGCGCAGCCAGCUCAGGCAUCCGUGCCUUAAAGACUCUCCGUGCCUGGGGACUGGAGAUGGACGAGGCUCUUUUCCUGGCCGGGGCACCAAAAGGCCCCAUGCUGGAGAAAAUCCGGCCCCACAUCUACUUUGAUGACCAGAUGUUUCACGUGGAGGGUGCUGCAGAGAUGGGUGCCAUUGCCGCCCAUGUGCCCUAUGGGAUUGCACAGAAAUUUCCUCAUAUUAAAAGCGUCAAUGCAGGAAAAUAACAAAGGGGAAAAUAUAAAGAGGCGCAUUAUGUUCUUAUUUUGGAAGCGACGUUCAAGUUGCAGAUAUCUUUAUUUUGUAAACUCGGUUGUGCACUCAUUGGAUCAGGACCUCAGUAUUCUCUCUUCCUUUUUCUGUGACCUAUGCAAGGACAGACACAACAUUUCACCAGUUAAAGAUUCAACCCAGUAUUCAUCUUCUGCACUGCCUCAACACCAGUAAUUCUGUACAUUUCUUAGCGAUGGUUUGUCGAAUUAUAUGUGACAUCAACUUACUGUUAAAUUGAAUGUGUGCUGCUAUUCUUAUAUGUAAAGUGAAUAUGUGAAGUGACAAAGGGAAAGGAGUGAUACUGAAAUGGUGUGUUUUAAACUGCACUGUGUAAUUCAGCAAUGGACUUUGAAGGGUGUUCUUGUUUUUUGCUGUAGAUGGUGUUGUGUUAGCAAAACUACCGUAUUUUUCUAUGUAAUCUAACGUAUGUGGUCAUCUAUAAUGGAAGGAGAGUUAGUCUGUAAUAUAAUGUUCAAAAUUGAAAAGAAGCCAUAAUAUUUUACAUAUGAGAAGAUGAAAUACCCAGAAUCUAUAGAGAGCCAUGAGUAGUGAAUUAUAUAUUUCAUCUUUACACUGUACUUUUUUCGUUUUUCUCAUCUGCAUUUUAUAUACACUACUGUUGCAUACUGUAUACUGUAAGUUUCGUAAUUAGAGUUAGUAAUAUAUUUUGAAAGAAAUUCUUAAUUUUAUUAAGCAAGGAUGCAUUAGUUUCCACAAAAAUAUUAAGCAGCACAAAUUUUUUUCAAUAUUGAAAAUAAUCAAUGUUUCUUGAGUAGUGAAUCAGCAUUUCAGGAUCACAUGACACUGAAUACUGGAGUAAUGAUGCUGAAAAAUUAGUUUUGCAUCACAGGAAUAAAUUAAAUUUUAAAUGAAAAUAGAAAACAGUUUUUUGUAUCGUAAUAAUAUUUUAAAAGAUUAUGUUUUAAUGUAUUUCUGAUCAAAUAAAUUCAGCCUUGAUGAGCAUAAAAGAUAAAAAAUGUAUAGAAACAAAACCGUGCAGUAUUUGUACUGAGCUUCAUUACCUGCCACUCUUUCUCUGCAGAUACACUUGUCACGCAGUUAAUGUCAUUUCUUGUUUACACACAAUCUUUGGCUUGACAUCUAGCACACAAAUAAAAGUUUUCAUCAUAAUGCUUCAA